GCACAGUCUCAAACCAACAUGGCUGCGUGCACAGCGCCCUUGGGUGCUGCUAGCAUUCGUUUUCUCUUUAGAGACCAAUACUUGUGGAAAACAAAGCUAUUAACAAUAUCUUACAGCUUGAAGUGGGUUACACGAGGGUUUGCGGCGAAUGUGUUGUCACAGUCCGUUGAAGACCACCUAAGCCCCAGCUACGGAGGACCUAUUGAACACUACACACGCCUCGUUGCAGAGGGUACUCUGAAUGAGGACCCGCAUCAGAAAGCGGUAUUGGAGAAGCUGGAUACAUUGCAGCAGACGCUCAGGGGUUACGACAACCAACCUGCAUCUUUCUUUUCUAAGAUGUUUUCCAAGACCAAGGUGCCCAAAGGUUACUAUAUCUAUGGAGAUGUUGGCACAGGCAAAACAAUGGUCAUGGACAUGUUUUAUUCCUAUGUUGAAACAAACAAAAAGAAGAGGGUCCAUUUCCAUGGCUUCAUGUUAGAUGUGCACCAGAGAAUUCAUCGUUUGAAACAGUCUAUGCCUAAGAGAAAAGCAGGAAAGAUGGCCAAGUCCUAUGACCCCAUAGCUCCUGUUGCAGAGGAAAUAAGUGAGGAGGCGUCUAUCCUUUGCUUCGAUGAGUUUCAGGUGACUGACAUUGCAGAUGCAAUGAUACUGAAACAAUUGUUUGAGAACCUUUUCAAAAAUGGAGUUGUUGUGGUGGCAACCUCCAAUCGGCAGCCAGAUGACCUAUACAAGAAUGGACUACAGAGAGUGAACUUUGUGCCCUUCAUUGCCGUGCUAAAGGAAUAUUGCCAAACACUGCAGCUGGACUCUGGAAUUGACUACAGGAGGAGGAAUCGUCCUGGCGCUGGAAAGCUCUUCUUUCUCACAAGUGAACCAGAUGUGCAUGCCACCUUGGACAAGAUGUUUGAUGAGAUGGCAUUCAAGCAGAACGAUAUAACGAGGCCGAGGACUCUUAACGUGCGUAGUCGGAAGCUGAUUCUGAGCAAAGCAUGUGGGACCAUCCUGGACUGCACAUUUGACGAGCUGUGCGACCGACCUUUAGGUGCCAGUGACUACCUGGUGAUCUCCAACACCUUUGACACAGUAUUCAUCCGUAAUGUUCCUCUACUCACCUUGUCAAAGAAGACACAAGCACGACGCCUCAUUACUCUCAUAGAUGCUCUUUAUGAUCACAAGGUUAGAGUUGUGAUCCUGGCUGAAGCCCCAUUAGAUGAUCUCUUUGUUCAAGAUGAACACCAUGAUGACCAUGCCCAUGAGGUUUUGGAUGAACUUGGUAUUAAACAGGAUGCGGGCAGCAGCCUGGCCAUCUUCAGUGGAGAGGAGGAAGUUUUUGCCUUCCAGCGGACCGUCUCCCGCCUGACAGAGAUGCAGACGGAGGAGUACUGGGUUGAGGGGGACCGCAGCACCACGUGACCCUGACUGGGCUCGUGUCAAAGUCCUGUGAAAAGUCCAGUAGCCUCUAGAUGGUCAACAAGUGCUGGCUUGUGGACAGAGGAACACUUAGAAGGGUGGUGGUGGUGGUGUGCAGGUGAACAUAUGAACUGUGGUCAAACACUCCGAGUCACUGCUUUCUGAUGCCAAUCCAGUUCACUUGACUGUCCUGACAGAGGAAAAGAUUAUCUAUCUACAAUCCCACCUCUUCAUAUAGGUACAUUACCCUGGUUUUUUGGAUUCAAAUGAAAGGAAGUGUGUGUCCUCUGUAAGUAGAUGCCUCUGCAUGGAUCAGGCUAUUUUUUCCCCCCUCUUCAGGUCCAUCUGGUGAGCAGGAUUGGGGUCACACUUCAGUGACUUCAGGGGAAUUUGGAGACAGCCACGCAGACCAGGCUGCUGAUUGAGGUGUGACUGAAAUAGCACAGAGCCACUCACUGUCGCUCUGUACAGCCUAGCAUGACCCACAACUAUCAGACCUGCUCCUAUAGUCAUCUGUUCCUGUGCCCAACACUACCAUACUCACUCACCUUAAAUACAAUGUUAAACUGUGUCAUGGGAUCAAUCUAAGAAACUUGCUAUUGAACUGGAUGUGAAUAUGUACUGUAUGCCUUUUGCACAUGCUAUCUAUCUCUUUGGUUAUAUAAUAUAAGCUGCUGGAGUUUUAAUGCCUUUUAACGAAAGGGAUACGUGGCCUUAUGAGGAAAGAUGUAAAUGAGUUUUAAGUGAUGGCCAAAUUACCAUUAAGCUCACCUUUCUACAGUUUGUCAACACCAGUCUUACUUUUUAAUCAUAAGCUAUUGCAACAGUGACUGUACUUCACUAUCAUGGUUACUGUUGUAAUAGCUUCUGAGUGAUUCAAUCAUACUUUACAGUCUCCACCUACAAUGGUUAAAUGCAGUAGAUGGUGGUCUAGCUAGUUACCAAGCCUAGUAAUCCCUUCAUGCUGAUUUUCCAUUCAGAAUUGAUUCAGAGAUCUCUUGAUUAAGAAAAAAAUAAGAUUGAUGUUGGCUAACAUGCUAGAAAAGUGAGUUUGAUAGUUUGUCGAAAAUGAUCAGUACAGCAGCUAUAAAGCACUGUUAACCCUGGUAUAUAUAAUUAUGGUAUGUACAUAG